AUGCUCCAAUUCAUCCACUUUGGAUUUCAUAUCCUCCAAUACUUUCGUUUCCUUUUGGGAGUCACUUCAGAGAUCAUUUCCUCGAUCUGUCCGAAAUUUUCAACGCCCGUUACAAUUGAAUCAAAGGCAUUCAGCAAAUUAGAUGCAACUCUAGGAUUGAUUUUUUCGAAGCUCUCAUUAUUCUGCUUAAACCCUAAUAUCAAGAAUGUUGGACAUAUACUCUCAUGGUCUUAG